CCGACCAAACUCUUCGACCGACUCCGGCUCCUUUCGCCGAGAACAUGGUGGGGUGUAAUGGUUGGCUUGGACAGCAAUUCACUCUCCCCGUUUGACAUCUCAACGGUCGUUCAAAAUGUUGUUGCUUUGCUGCUACCMGUGUUGAUUCUUUGGGCAAUAGACUUGACUCGCUUAACUUUCCUUCGGCACCGAGGCUUGUCGAUCCCAAAACKGAUACUGGGACGACUGGUCUUUGCAUCAUUGGUUUCUCCCUGGAGUCUCCGGUGCAUUUACGAACUAGUCGAACAACUCUCAACACUGCUAUUGUACCUUCGAACAACACUGAAAAAUCGAUCUCCAACGUUGACAAGGGCGAUCAAUGUCCUWUCGGAGCGAAUCCGGAAUCACAGGGCCUACCGGACGCGGCGCUUCGAUGUCUACCUACCACCUUCUUUGAUAACAAAAUGCAAAGCGGAUCGAAGCAAAAGAGACACCGACUUUGAUAAGAACAAUGAGAAUAGCAGUAAACUCCAAGCCUUGCUGUUUCUCCCCGGRGCUUUGGUUUCGCACGAGGCGUAUUCCGAAGUUGCCGCUCGGCUUUCCGACAAUGGUUUCUUGGUAGCAGUCGCAUCGAUGGAACCAUUGCGCCUUGCCCAGUAUCAUUUGGGAGCAGACAAGGCAUCCGUAACACAAAUCAUUGAACGAAUCUCCCAACACAUUCGCAUGCACACUGCAACAACGGGAUGUCGGAGGGAUGCCGAGAGUGACGAACCUUCUAAAACUGCGGUUGCAGAAUUCCCGGUUUGCAAUACUAUGGAAUGGACCUUGAUGGGGCACUCGAUGGGAUCCUUUGCCGCUAUGAAAUUGCUCGACGAAUUCUUYGAUGCCGGGGAACGCAAWAAUGGAAAUAGCAACGGCACGCGAACAAUUGUAUCAAAGUUACGCCGCUGCCCCGGGAAAAAGGAYACGGACCAAAACGGGUCGUCARAAAUCUUCGGGAUCGAUGUCGUCCUUUCCAACAAGUUAGUAAUGUGGGGCGUCGCGGCCUUCCCGGGUGCUGCAACCGACCUAUCCGACCACACAGAAUCGGAGGUCCUGAUCGUCCAGGGAUCAAAGGACGUAUUCGUUAACUUGAUGAGAUACCGACAGAACGAGCUGGAGGCUUGUUUCCCACCCCGUCUCAAAACGGUAGAAAUUKCCGGUGGGACCCACGAAGGGUUUAGCAGUUACAAAGCCUCGUAUCCAUUUGGUGACGACGAGGACAGCAGCAGUGGUGGUGGAACGAAACGAAGCAGAAGAAGAMAGAMAYUGCCCCUGGAAGWGCAACACAAACGGGCGUGUGACGCAACSACCCAAUUCCUUCGUCGCUGAUUCUAAGAGCCUAGAARGAAGGAUUUGAACAGAUCAAAAAGGAUGCARAUGCCAUUUAAGUCGAACGCACCGGACGAGACGAAGCAACGGCCAAUCCCCGCACUCAGCASAGCGCCACGAUCAUUCCUAGAAAAUCACCUCUGUGCAAAUACAUGCUGAACUCACMGUUUCUAUCCAGACUGUUCCUCCUUUGGUACAAUUCGUAUAGAUUCAACUAACUUCGGAAGGACUUGUAUAAAUGCAUUCCAGAAAGAAUUCUUCGCAUGAUGUACUCCACGAACUUAGUGUGAUUGUUAGUCCUGAAGGACAAACCAUGUGGCAUCCACGAAAGAAUACUUUGGAGGCCCUCUCGUUCCACGACGUCUAGGAGGCCAUAUAUGUUAUGGGCAAAAUACUCUCGUUUACGACUAUUGCCUGUUAUGC